AUAAUUUGAAAAAUACUAUCACGAUGUCUACAUGUAUUGUUAUUUGUAUUUCUGCAUAUAGAUAAGCGUGAACACAGGGGCACUGUGUCGCUGUGUCCGUGAUCGGAAGGAUAAAUGACCAUGAUUAAAAGCUGUCAUCUGGUCUGUCCAAACAGCACACAUGACCCCAUCCCUCUACCUGACAGAGAAGCAGUCCACGUGGGUAGAAGUGAAGCCACGAGGUGCAUCGACCCUAGAUGUUCCAGAAAGCAAUUGGAGGUGACUGCUGAUUGGUCAACGGGAGAAGUGACAGUCAAACAGCUCGGUGCCAACUCAUCGGCCAUUGAUGGAAUAGAGUUAGAGAAAGACAGAAUAUGCAAGCUCUCGGUGGAUGGCACUAUAUAUCUUUUGGCUGGAAUGUAUCCUCAGAAAGUAGAAUUCAAAUAUAUGAAGUCCCCAAAAUCAAGCAAUACAGCUACAACUGAAAACUCAAAAGACACUAUAAAGGAAAAGAAGCGACAACCAGUCAAGAGGCCUGCAUCCAAUAUCACAGAUUCUGCUCAGGAGGCGAAGAAACCAAGAAAAUCUGACUUCAAGGAAAUGGGGAAGUCAAAUGAAGUAGAUAUGAAGAAUGAUUCAGCAGACAGAACUAUAGAGGAAGACGAGGAGGAUAUAAAACUUCUGGAACAAAAACUAAAAAUUCUUAAGAAAAAUGCUGCAGAGAAAAAGUUUACUUUCACAUCAGACAGUCACGACUCACAGUCUAAAAACGGACAGAAAAAAAUCCUGUCUGGGGGUAGAGAAAAGGGAGCUGCUGUUGACUCCUCUGGAUUAGGUUCACCAAAGAACCCCUCAGCUCAGAACUCUGGAUCUGGUUCAUCCAAGAGUCCCUCAGCUAAGAUCACUUCAGCUGGAUCUGGUUCAGGCAAGAACCCCCCAGCUAAGACCUCGUCAACUGGAUCUGGUUCUUUAAGCAAUUCUGUGCAGGAAACAGAGGGUCCACCAGCAACAGAGACUAAAUGGCAGCAGUUUGAGAAACUGUAUGUAUGUACACGGAAAGGAGUGAUGGCCAGAAAUAAGAUUGCUGGAUUUGAUAUUGAUGGAACCAUUAUCACAACCCAGUCUGGUAAAACAUUUCCAACUCACUCAGGUGACUGGAGAAUACUUUACCCUGAGAUUCCAGGGAGACUGAAAAAAUUGCAUAAUGAUGGCUACAAGAUUGUCUUCUUCACAAACCAGCUGGGUGUUUCUAGAGGAAAGACCACCAUUGAAGAACUGAAGACUAAAUUUGGCAGUGUUCUUGAUAAGCUCGGUGUUCCGGCACAGAUCCUGAUUUCCACUGGGGGUGGAAUCUACAGGAAGCCGGCCCGGGGGAUGUGGGACUUUCUAUGUCAGAAAGCUAAUAACGGUGUCAGAAUUGAUACUGAUGACAGCCUAUAUGUUGGAGAUGCUGCUGGAAGACCAGAAAAAUGGGCAGCCAAAAAGAAAAAGGAUUUUUCUUGCAGUGAUAGAUUGUUUGCACUGAAUGUUGGGCUGAGAUUUUACACUCCAGAGGAGUUUUUUAUGUUCCAGAAAACAGCACCUUAUUCUUUACCCGAGUUUGACCCAAGGGCCAUAGACACAGGUGCCCCUCUGUUGGAUCCUCCCAGUGCCUCCAUUACUUCCAAAUCACAAGAGGUUGUUGUCUUGGUGGGAUUUCCAGCUUGUGGAAAAUCAUUCUUUUCCAAAACCUAUAUGAUUCCUAAAGGAUAUGUGCAUGUCAAUAGGGACACACUAGGGACUUGGAAGAAAUGUGUAGAUAUGUGUGCUAAGUCUCUGAGGGAGGGACAGAGUGUGGUCAUUGAUAAUACUAACCCAGACAAAGAGACCAGACAGAGGUAUAUAAACUGUGCUAAGACAGCCAAGGUGCCCUGUAGAUGUUUCCUCUUCACUGCCACUAUAACACAGGCCAGGCACAAUGAGAGGUACAGAGAGAUGAUUGACAAGUCUCAUCAACCAAUCAAUGACAUGAUAAUGAACACAUUCAAAUCUAAACUAAAGAUUCCAGAGUUAUCUGAAGGCUUCAAAGAAAUUGUACGAGUUAAUUUUGUGCCUAAAUUCAAGGAUUCUGAAAAUGAGAGACUUUACAAACAAUACUUGUUGGAAAAGUAAAACAUGUACUACAUGAACAAUUUAUCUUACAAUAAUGCAUGCAUCAUCAAAAUAUUAGGAAUAAAGAAUUGUUUAUUAGCUU